UAUUAAAACUCGGUGGUGCGCUAUGCCUAUGACCGGCGGAUUAAAAUACUCUCUUUCCUCGUUCCCAACCUCAGAUCUGCUUGCACUCUCUCUCUCUCCUCCUACAGCUCCCGUGCUUGCUUUACCUUAGCGCCUCCCUCGAUCUAGGGUUUUGGUUGUCGCUUAUCGGAUCGAGAUCCGGUCCAGAUCUCAUCACGGUUUUGUUUCCACCUGUCUGCUUCAGGGUCAAUUUUUGCAGAUUUUCUGUCAUUUCUCUUUAAAAGAUUAGGAUCUCUUAUCGGGAAGGAAAGGCAGUACAAGUUGGUGUUAUAUGAUCCUUUGAAUGCUGUUGUAGAAGAGGACUAUAAUAGAUUUUGUUUGCUAACGUCAUGAGGGGGAGAGCAGAUGGAGGUCAAAAGAAACACUUGGUCCCGUCGUUGUGUCUUAUGGUGCUCAUUUUAGGUUUUUUGUUCCUAUAUUAUGGUUCUUUCUUCGGUCCUCGGGGGCAGCAUACUAGCUCUGCUUUAGAGUAUGGUAGUAGAUUCUCAAGAUCAAUUGGUUGGAGUAGUGAUGAUAGUGGAGAGGUUGGCAAAUCAGAUGAGUCCAUUUUUGCGCUGGAAGAUGGGGAUGGCAGUCUUGUACCCAAGAGCUUUCCAAUCUGCGACGAUCGGCAUUCAGAGUUGAUUCCCUGCCUAGACAGAAAUCUUAUUUAUCAAACACGACUAAAGUUGGAUCUAUCUUUAAUGGAACAUUAUGAGAGGCACUGCCCCCAGCCUGAGAGGCGUUUCAAUUGCUUGAUCCCUCCACCACCGGGUUAUAAGAUUCCAAUCAAGUGGCCAAAAAGCCGAGAUGAAGUGUGGAAGGUGAACAUACCUCACACUCACCUUGCACACGAGAAGUCUGACCAGAACUGGAUGGUUGUCAAAGGUGACAAGAUUGCAUUUCCUGGAGGUGGAACUCAUUUUCAUUAUGGAGCUGAUAAGUAUAUAGCAUCACUUGCAAAUAUGCUUAACUUCACAAAUAAUAAUUUGAAUAAUGAGGGAAGAAUCCGGACGGUCCUUGAUGUCGGUUGUGGAGUUGCAAGUUUUGGAGGAUAUCUUCUUUCCUCAAAUAUUGUAGCAAUGUCUUUAGCGCCAAAUGAUGUUCAUCAAAACCAGAUUCAAUUUGCUUUGGAGAGAGGAAUUCCCGCAUACCUUGGUGUGUUAGGGACGAAGAGACUUCCUUACCCUAGCAGAUCAUUUGAACUUGCUCACUGUUCUCGAUGUAGAAUUGAUUGGCUUCAAAGGGAUGGGAUCCUUCUACUUGAGUUAGAUAGGCUGCUUAGGCCAGGUGGUUAUUUUGCCUAUUCAUCUCCUGAAGCAUAUGCUCAGGAUGAAGAGGAUCUUAGAAUAUGGAAAGCAAUGAGUGCACUGGUUGAACGAAUGUGUUGGAAAGUUGCUGCCAAAAGAAACCAGACAGUUAUAUGGGUCAAACCUUUGACAAAUGACUGUUACAUGAACAGAGUGCCGGGCACGAGACCUCCUUUAUGCAGAUCUGAUGAUGAUGCAGAUGCUGUUUGGGGUGUCCCAAUGCAGGCUUGUAUCACUCCUUACUCUGACCAGAGCCAUAGAGAUAAGGGGAGUGGAUUGGCUCCUUGGCCAGCUCGCUUAACUACACCUCCUCCCCGCCUUGCUGAUCUUGGUAUUUCCAGUGAGACAUUUGAAAAGGACAUGGAGAUUUGGCAAGAAAGGGUUGAGAGUUAUUGGAGCCUAUUGAGUCCAAAAAUACGACCAAACAGUCUGAGGAACUUGAUGGACAUGAAGACAAAUAUGGGAUCAUUUGCAGCUGCCCUCAGAGACAAAGAUGUUUGGGUUAUGAAUGUUGUACCAGAAGAUGGACCAAAUACCCUCAAGAUAAUUUAUGAUAGAGGCCUAAUAGGCACCCUGCAUGAUUGGUGUGAGGCAUUCUCAACAUACCCUCGUACUUAUGAUCUCCUACAUGCUUGGACUGUCUUCGCUGACAUUGAGAAAAAAGGUUGCAGCGCCGAAGACCUGCUUCUUGAGAUGGACCGAAUGCUCAGGCCAACUGGUUUCAUAAUUUUCCGGGACAGGAGGCCAAUCGUUGAGUUCAUCAAAAAGUUUUUAACAGCAUUGCAAUGGGAAUCAGUUGCUGUGGUGGAUGCUGAGCCAAACUUGGAUUCAGAAGAUGGUGAGAUGGUAUUUGUUAUCCAAAAAAAGAUGUGGCUGGUAGAUGACAGCCUCAAUGAUUCAGCAUAAAAGUGCUUAAAUAGCUUUGACGUCCUUUGUUUCUGUGUUCGUUUGUGCAGUUGGGCCAAAACAAUGAAUGGCCUGAGUGCACCAAAAAGGUCCACGAGGAGUGAGUCGUUUACUUUCCCCUGUUUCUAACUGUAGGCCUGGUUGUUGAGUCCGUAAGCCUAGUUCAGCGUUAUGCGAUACAUUCUUGUCUAUUUUUUUUCAUUCUGAAAAGCAGUCCUUUUUUUCAUCUAAUAAACGUGCUCAAAACAUUCCUUUUAGAUGGAUCUGAAAAUGUAUACAGGUGGAGGCACAACUGUAGGGUAUGUGGCUACUUUGGUAUGCCUAGAAAUAAAUGUACAGCCUCUGCUUGCGAACUUUGUUCUGCUGUCUUUGGCAUUCA